AUGGGCUACCGUUUGACGGGUCAUGUGUCUGGCUAUCCACCGAAGGGCUUCGGAUCAGAUAAAAAGCGCCACGGUACGCUAAAAGAACCCAGACUAGCAGGCCAAUCUAAUCAGAUGAUCAGAGAAAUGAUCAGUUUCCAAACAUUUCGGAACGUUUCCAGGAAAAAUGGAACCUGA